UCUCCACCAGAGAUGUCUUCUGCGCGUUGGUGCGGCGGCAUGAGGGCCGCGGUGUCUGCCAGCCUGGGGUUGAGCGAGGAACCUGUGGGCUCCCGGAGCGGCCGCCUCCUCCGCCCGCCAAGCCCUGCUCCGGCGAUGCCAGGGGCCCGGCUGUUGCGGCUCCCAGGGAGCUGGGCCGGGCAGGCCGCGAGCUCCGAGCGCGCCGGCUGAACGGAGGCGCUGCGGGCCGCCGUGGCCGAGCUGCGCGCCGGCGCCGUGUUGGCGGUCCCCACCGAUACGCUGUACGGCCUGGCCUGCUCGGCGAGUUGCUCGGCGGCACUGCGCGAUGUGUACCUCCUCAAGGGCCGCAGCGAGGCCAAGCCGCUGGCGGUAUGCCUGGGCCGCGUGGCCGACGUCUACAGGUACUGCCAUGUAAGAGUACCAGAGGAGCUCCUGAAAGACUUGUUGCCAGGACCAGUGACUCUGGUGAUGGAACGCACAGAGGCUCUCAACAAGGACCUGAACCCCUUUACUCCUCUUGUAGGCAUCCGAAUUCCUGACCAUGCCUUUAUGCAAGAUUUGUCCCAAAUGUUUGGGAAACCUCUUGCUCUCACUAGUGCCAACCUCAGCUCCCAGGCCAGUUCUCUGAUCGUUGAGGAGUUCCAACACCUCUGGCCUCAUUUGUCCUUGGUCAUUGAUGGAGGACCAAUUGGGGAUAGCCAGAGCCCUGAGUGUCGCCUUGGCUCAACUGUGGUUGAUUUAUCUGUGCCUGGAAAGUUUGGCAUUAUUCGUCCUGGCUGUGCCCUAGAAAGAACUACAGCCAUCCUCCAACAGAAGUACAGGCUGCUUCCCUCACAUGAGUCCUGCUUGUAAAACUCAGAAGGAGGGAAGGCCCAAGGACUGGUGCUCGAUACUAUGUGUCUGUACACUAGUGGUUGGCAAGGCCUCAUUUGCAGAGGCCGCUGGAGCUACAUCACUAGCCUGACCCCUUAGGCAAAAUAGACCAAGGCCCAGAAAGUGCUGUUUUAGCUUGGCACUUGGGGGAAAGGUUGUACUUAUUAUUUAUAGUUUAAUCUGUCAGCCAAAAGCUGAAUAAAGAGGUUAAGAACAUUCCUAGGUGGCCUUAUUCUAAUUGAACAGUAAUGUAAGUAAGAAAUUUGGAAUCUUGUGCGAGCCUCCUCUCUGGUGGCAUUCAAGGUUCAAACCAGGUAGAAGUGCUAGUGCUGUUUCAAACUCUCAGGUAACCAAGGACAUGGAUUGGGCUUCCAAAGUUGGAACCAGGUUAGGAUAAAGAGUAUGGAGCCAUAGACCAAGCACGGUUUCCUCUGAACCAGCAGAGCUAGUGGAGCCCUAUGUUGUGAUUGCCUGGCUGGGAACACUCAUUCGGUCUAACAGCGGGAGUUCUGCUCAGAUGGCAGGGAGGAGAGGUGUGGGGAGAAUCCAGAUGAAGAGAGUAUUAGAAAGAAAUCUCUAUUAUCCUUUUCAACCAGUGACCUUCUUAUUUAUUCAGAAAACAGGUUAUAAUUAUAUCUCAUAACCCUAUAAAACCUUUAUUUAAAUCCAGUGUUGGCAGCUUUUUGUCUUUAUUUAUAUGUAUACCAAGUGUUAAAUGUGAUUAUUGUUGGGCAUUUGAACUUUAUUUUUCUUUAAUAUAAAAAAUGCUGCUAU